AUGUUGCUAUUGUCAUUAUUAAUCAUAGUUUAGGCAGACCAAUAUUUUAAAAUCUUGAGUCCAUCAACCUUGGCAUCAGAAGAGAUACUCAAAGAGAUUCAAUUUAAUAUAGCCAAUUUUGGAUAUGUUCCAUACGGAUAGAAGAUUUCAGCUGAGUUGGAAUUGGCUUAACCUUACAAUUUUUGUGAACUUCAAGAAGAAAGGAUUGGAAAUUACAAUAACGAUUAUGCCAAUUCAAAAAUUCUACUUGUUGAAAGGGGAGAAUGCUUGAACUUCAAAAAAGCAAUUAAUGCUUAAAAUUAUGGUUACGUAAUGUUGAUCAUAGUUGAUGAUACCAAUUAGGAACUCAAUCUUGGAGCAAGGAAUGAUUCUGAAAGUAAUUUGGAUAUACGCAUUCCAACCAUUAUGAUAUCCAAAAAUUAGGGAAAUAUCCUUAAGAAUUUUUUAUUGUAAAUCAAUCACAAGAAUCUGUAUGUGCAAGUGAAAUUCCCAGACUUUUAUUAAACAGAUAUAGUGAAGUAUGAGUAUUGGUUUAGUUCAAUGGAUUAGAAAAGCUAUAAAUUUUUAAGGCAAUUUUACUCAUUUCACAUGCAAAUGAAUGAAUCCUUAUAAUUCACUCCUCAUUACACCUUAGGACGUUGCGCAUAAUGUGCCAAGACAAAUUUUAAUAAAAGAGACUCACUUUGUCUCUCUGGAGGAAGAUAUUGUGCUCCAGAUCCUGAUGGUGAUGGUCCUUUGGAUGGUCAAGAUGCAGUAAGAGAAGUGGUUAGAUAACUCUGCAUAUACAACGUAGAUAAAGUAAAAUGGUGGAAAUAUGUCAUAAAAUACAGCCAAUAAUGUCUAGGAUCCUCUAUCUCUAUUGCAAAUUUGUGCUAUAAAUAUGUCCUUGAAUAAGUUUAGAUUGACUAGCAGAAGAUAGAGAAUUGUUAUAAGGAGAGCUUCUCAGGACUUAAUGAUGAUUUAGAUGAUAAUUUGUUGCUUUCUAAGGAAUAUGAAAAAAAUGAAGAAUUAUAAAUUCGAGCUUGGCCAAUCCUCUACAUUAAUGAUAUAAAAUAUAGGGGUAGUCUAACAGUAUCAGGUUACAAGUCAAAUUUUGAUUAAGGAGAUUAAGAGAUAUAUGAUAGUUCUCGUUUCGGUCCAUUUUAAGCUGUAUGCAAGAGUUUCAUAAAUAGUUCUCUUCCUGAAGUUUGUAAGAGGAGAAUGGUUGGUUAUUUGGAUGAUGAUGGUAGUUGGAUUAAUUACACUCAGGAGACUAAUACAUGGAUAGUAUGGUUAGUUGUUUUGAGUAUCAUGGGUAUUUUAAUGAUGUGCACUUUAUACUUAUAUAAAAGACUAUUCAUUAAGAAAACAAAUGAAGAAAUUAAUUAGCAAGUCAAUAUAAACUUAGCUUAAUAUUAUGCUAUGAAUGAGCAGGAUAGAAACCUGAGAAAUUGA